AUGGAAAAGGCUUUGCAACGCUAUGGGGUCACCCAUCGGCUUGCAAUGACCUAUCACCCACAGACGAGUGGGCAAGUAGAGGUGAGUAAUAGAGGGAUUAAAAGGAUCCUAAAGAAGACGGUUGGAGCAAAUAGGUUAGAUUGGGCCGAGAAGUUAGAUGACACAUUGUGGGUCUUUCGUACGAAAUAUAAGACACCGACCGGUUCUACAUCGUUUCGGAUGAUUUAUCGAAAGGCUUGUCAUCUUCCGGUUGAGUUAGAGCAUGGUGCAUAUUGGGCAUUGAGAUCCGUGAAUCUAGAUAUGUCUUUAGCUAAGAGUAAACGGUUUCAUGAGUUGCACGAGUUAGAGGAGUUGAGAGAUCAUGCGUGUGAGCAUACUCACGAUUAUAAACUUCGUUCGAAAGAGUUGUAUGAUAGAAAGUUGAAGGGUAAUAAAGACUUCAAGUGUGGGGAUGAGGUGUUAUUAUAUAAUUCACGCUUGAGGUUGUUCCCCGGAAAAUUGAAAUCCUGUUGGUUAGGACUGUUUGUGGUGAAAGGGGUGUUUCCCUAUGAUAGUGUGACGAUAGAGGGAAAAGAUGGUGAAAGAUUCAUAGUGAACGGUCAUAGAUUGAAGUUAUACAUAGGUAGACCGAGUAAGAAGGAUGACGUCGAGGUUAUUCGCCUCGAUCUUCAUAGUGCUUAA